AUGAUGAAUUCAAGAAUUUUCAUAACCAUCGUAUUAUCUUGCAUUAUGGCUUCGAUUCAUGCAUACGAUCCCGAUGCCCUUCAGGAUCUCUGCGUUGCUGAUAAAUCUCAUGGAACCAAGUUGAACGGGUUCCCAUGCAAAGAAAUGUCAAACAUCACAUCGUCCGACUUCUUCUUCGCCGGAAUCUCAAGCCCCGCCGUCAUAAACUCGACGAUGGGCUCUGCCGUGACGGGAGCCAACGUGGAGAAGAUCCCAGGGCUCAACACUCUCUCAGUUUCCUUAGCACGUAUAGACUACGCGCCGGGUGGCUUAAACCCACCUCACACUCACCCACGGGCCACCGAAGUUGUUUAUGUCCUCGAAGGAGAGCUCGAAGUUGGGUUUAUCACGACAUCAAACAAGCUUUUCUCAAAAACCAUUAAGAUUGGUGAAGUGUUUGUUUUUCCAAGAGGGCUAGUCCAUUUUCAAAAGAAUAAUGGGAAAUCUCCAGCAUCUGUUUUGUGCGCGUUUAAUAGUCAGUUGCCAGGAACAGUGUCUGUUGCAGCGACGCUUUUUGCGUCAGAGCCUGCUUUGCCGGAAGAUGUGUUGACAAAAACUUUUCAGGUGGGAUCUAAGAUGGUUGACAAGAUCAAGGAAAGGCUUUCUACCAAGAAAUAA